GGUGUGCACUGUGGCUGCUCGGCGUCCUCCCCUCCCUCCCCGAGGACGCUAGGAAACGCUAAGACAAGAAGCUUCUAUUUAGAUCUGACUCGGUGACAUUUGCAAAAUGGAAAAAAACGCAACAGGGAAAGUCGUCAGGCACAGUGAUGAACACAGUGAACACGAGACACUGUUGAGGUGCACACAAAGACUAAGAACAGAAAAUAUCAAUGAAGUGAAUCAAGAAAGACUAGGAAACAAAAAUGACGAAACUAACAUCAAAAAGUCAUGCGAGAAGCUGACUGGUGACCCCUGGGAGGAGGAGAGGUCAGGUCAGGGCAGUGAAGCACCCACCUCUCAUUGUUACUGGGCCGUCGCUGUGGGAGCUUGUAUCAUUAUGAUGAUGAUCAAUAUGGUGGGUCCCUGCUUCAGCAUCGUCUUCUCCCCCCUCCUGCUGGAGCUGGGCACAUCCUCCACCGUUAUCGGCUGGAUCUUCAACAUCCAGACGCUUCUUUGGUUUACCUGUGGAUUGUUUCUUGGUCCCCUGGUUGAGGAGUACAGCUGGAGGAAAGUGGCCAUGGUGUGGGCUCUCGUGUACUUCUCCUCCAUCGUCCUCUCCGCCUUCGCCACCUCUGCCUGGUUCCUCCUAUUCUCGUUUUCCAUCCUCAGCGGAGUUAGUUAUGGCUUCCUGAACACCCUUUGCUUCCUCAUCAUCCCGCACUACUUCACGAGGCGGAGAGGCGUGGCCAAUGCCUGCAUGAUGGCUGGUGUCUGCCUGGGGCAGAUGCUGGGACCAAUUCUUAUAGGGUUCCUACAAGAAAAGUUCGGCUUCUUUGGCGCCACACUUGUGUUAGCCGCUAUAAACGUUCACUGCUGCGUCGGCGCCUCCCUAUUCCGUCCUCUACAGGCUAAAGCAAAGCCCAGCACUAGUAUACAAAUCGACGAUCCAAAGGUACUGUCUUCAGAUGUAGACAAAAUAGCAAAAAAGAGAUCAUGUAAUAUCUCAGACAGUUUUAUCGUGCGUGUGUGUCUCAACUCUGUGUCCAACUUGUCCAUUCUCAAGUCCCCUCGAGCCGUCAUCAUCGCUGUGGGAGGGAUGCUCACUCUUAACUGUUGGCUCAACUUCUUUUCCUUGAUGCCCUUCGCUAUACAAGCAGCGGGUCACUCCCUCCAGACAGCCAGCUUGUGCAUGACAACAGGGGCCGUGUGCAACUUGAUGGCCCGUCUUACUGUGUCCAUGCUGUCAGACUGGCCCAGGUUCAACAUGCAGGCUUGUUGCACGAUCAGCAGCGUUAUCCUUGCUGGUUCCAUAAUAGCGUUCAGUGUAGUAGAGGACAUCAAGUGGCAGAUGGUGAUCAUGGGCGUGUGGGGGUGCGGCGUGGGCGGCUACAUGGGCCUCUUCAGCAGUCAUGGCAUGAUCCGGGACGUCAGUGGCAGCUACGCCGUCAGCAUGUGGGUGUUGGCCGGGCUGGCCGCCUGCUGCUCUUUGCUCUGGGUCUUCAUGCCGGCCGCCGUCCGCUAUGACCACAAGUCCCUCGACACACGUCAGUCCACCCAGAUUUGA